GCCCUUUCAUAUUUGCUAUCAUAUUCUCCAUAUUUGUUGGCUUCAUAUGGAUAUCUUUACUUCGUUCAUUUGUUCAAGUAUUAAUAUGGGGAGUUGCAACCAGUGUUCCCGUCGUUUGUAUUACGAUGUUUAUAUGGACCAUGUGGGAAGCUCUUACUGGGGCUCUACGCGAAUCUGGUAAACCUGAUCCACAAGAUAAUGGGCUUGUGGCAUUGUCUUUCCUACCCCUUGGCAUAGCGUUUGGAUUUAUCAUAUUGCUACGCGUACGAAGGAAGGAAAUUGACAAGGCAAUUAAAGUCAUCGGGCUGGCAUGUGAAAUAAUAAACGAUAAUCCACGAAUGCUAGCCAUCUCAUUAAUGCUUUUGGGUGUAUACGUUUUAUUUUCAACAAUAUGGUUGGUCUUCUUCAGUCGCGUAUUUCUACUUGGUCGAAUGGUUCAAACAUCAG